AUGGCAGACAGCGGAGCACCAGCUCACCGUGUGACCGGCAAGGGGCGCCCUUCAGCCCUAAGAAAUCCUCUUCCACCAGAGCAGCAAAGGGGUCGAACCAUGGAGAAGGAAUCCAAACGCAAGAAAAGGGGUCACGAAGCAAUUGGGUCAGACCAUCGUGGAAAGAAAGCUAAGCGUGAAGAGAAAUCGAAGGGGAAAGAAAAGAAGCAUAAGGAGGAGACUCCCAAGACCAAGGUGGAGGCAGCGAAAUCAAAAAAGGAAGCGGCUCCCAAGUCCAUAGUCGAUGAGAAAGUAGGCGAGGGGAAGAAGACGCAUAAGAAAAAGUCAGAGGCUGGCAAGGAAGCCUCUUCGAAGAAGAAAACCAAGGAGGUGCCCAAGGAAGAUUCCAAUGAACAGGAGAACAAGAAGACGAAGGUUGGCAAUGAAGUUCCCAAGAAAGGAGAGAAUGAGAAGGGGGAAAGGGAGGAUCAUUCCAAGGGCAAGGAGAAAGAAAAGAAGGGCGAAAGAAAGGGCGGUAGUUCCAAGGACAAAGGAAAGGAGAAGGCCAAGAAAGAAGAUGGUUGCAGGGAGAGAGGAAAGAAGAAGGCGGAUCAGGAAAGCAAGAAGGAAAAGAAGGCGAAGAUCGAAGAAGCUCCCAUCCAAGAGGAGAAGGAAAGGGAAAAGGAAAACAUCGUGGAAAGCAAGGAUGAUGACAAAGAGAAGAAAGAGAAGAAAGAGAAGAAGGGCGGCGACGACAAGCGUGAUGGGAAGAAGGAGAAGAAAGCAAAGAAAGAAAAGGAAAAGCGGAUCAAGUAUGUGCCUCUCAUCAAGGACAAGAUCCGUCAUGUGGUGGAAACCCCCGCGUCAAAGAGACCACCGCUCGCAUCGCCAGUGUCAGCAGCUUCAAGCACCACAGCCAGACAAAAGGCCGAAGCAAAGAUGCAGGAUUUGCUCAAUACAAUGGUUCCUUCUGAUCUGGAUGAUGUGUUGUCUGAAUCAGGCACUGAGCAAACCCCAUCGUCAAGUCUGGUCGUACCAAGAGAUUCCUUGCCAGAAUGGGGCAGUGACGAGAGCAGUGAGACAAGUGAUGAGGCAGCGACUGACUCGGAGACAGACGAGGCAGCAAGUGACCCGGAGACAGAUGAAGAAGAAGGAGGAGGUGGCAAGGUGCCUAAGGCGGAAGAGGAUGGAGUGAAAGAAGAAAAAGAAGAAGCAAAAGAAGAAGAGAAAAAAGAAGAAGAAGAGGGUUCAAGCAGCGAGGACGAGGACAGUUCAGAGAAUGAUGAAGAGGAGGACAGUUGUGAAUCCGAUGGAGAAGAGUCUGAAGAGGAGGACAUGGAAGAAGAUGAUGAAGUAGAAGCGGGUCGGGGUGAAGUUCCAGAUCCUCCCACCGAUGGGGCCGCCUGCCAUGCUUUGGUUCCCGUUGCCCAGAGUUCUUUGGAUCAAGCUGUGGCAGUACGCAACAGCGCCCCGCCAAAUCAAAAACGAUGCGUGACGCACAAAAAGGAGUGGGACACUUUCUCACGCCAGCUGUCUUCCAAGAAACUUCCUGGCAAUAUCGGCGAGUACGCUGUGUCAAACAAACAUGACCUUUUUGGGUUGUGGUUGGACAACGGCCACGUGUGGGAUCGCGUGGCGCUGGAGGUGGAGCGCAAGACUUCAUCCAAGGCUACUUCCGCGCGUGGCUGGGAGGCUGUGCAGGGUAAAACCCUGCGCAAGCGCUAUGAGGACGACGACAAGUACAAAAAGAUCAUUGCUGCUCGCAAGGAACAGGGCAUGUUCUAUCGGGAUGAUGACUUCCCUGACGACGAUGAUGAGGAAGCAUGGUAUUUCAUGCGAACGGCGCAAACUUUCAAACAAGAGGAAAUCACCGAGGAGUCUAUGAAGUUGAAGGGCAAGGCCAAGGUAGACCAGGGUUUGCAGGAUGCCCUAUGUGAUGCUGAGAGUGGGGUUCUGAGGGCAGGAGUCUUGCCGCAGCUGUCAGCCGCGACACCGCAGGGUUCAAAGAAGCUUGUGGACGCACUGCAGAAGGUAGCGAAACGGGUCAAUGAAGAAAUUGCUGGCCUGGUAGCGUGGUCUCUUGAGCACGCAGCCAGCGGCAUAGCUCCAGUGCGCGGCUACAACGGAGAAACCUUUCCACCCAAAUCCUACCGGGCUGAACUUGCUGGAAAGACUUUAGCGUUGGGGUGGAAGGUAUGCUAUUUUGCCAUGAAGUCCGACUUAAAGGCCAGACAGUAUUUGAACAACUUCUCCCGAUACUACAAGUGUGGAUUGGUGUGUGAUACGUGCCUAGCUGGAAAUACCAAAGCAACGCCAGAUUCCAUGAACUACCGUAACUUUGGGUCAACGGCAGCCUGGCCUUUGACAAAGCUGGGACACGAUGCCUACCUCCAAAGAGAGGGUUGCCGAAUUUCUCCAUGGGCGGCUGUUCCAGGAUACCGCAUCGAGACAGUUGCCUACGAUUGGAUGCAUAACAUCUUUCUAGGUGUUGGAAGAGAUUUAGUUGGGUCUGGACUCAGGACUUUGGUCUUGCAAGGGGUUUACGAACAUGUGGUUCCUUCUCGUGAUCUAGACGCCACCCUUGAGUGCAUCCACCAAGAGAUGCGCGCAGACUGCGCCAAGAAUGGGCAAUAUUUGCCAUGCAAGCCUGUGUUGAAUACUGCAAGCGUUGGCGGCACGGCGGAGUAUGCUGAGCUUUCUACACGCUACAAAGCGUCGCAUGUAAAGCUGAUGAUCUCUUGGCUGGCACGGAAAACUCAAAAAGUUGCUGACAACAGACCGGAUCUGCUUCUCAAUGUGCUGGCAACGUGCGCCUACAGUCUACAGCGUGCCAUAGAGAUCAUGGACUCUGCAGGACUUGUAUUGAGCAACGAUGACGCGCGUGAAGCCAAGCAAUCGCUCAUCUCCUAUGUGCAAAGCUUUUGUUGGUUGGCGCUCCACUGUUGCGACAACCACCUUUUGUUGUUCAAGGUAAGGCCCAAGACCCAUUACCUUUACCAUGUUGCCACCGAAGUGGGUGAACUUCGAUUAAAUCAGAACUUGACUCAUACAUUUGAAGAAGAGUCCUUUUUGGGCAAGAUCAAGGCCAUUGCGGCCAAAACCCAUGGAAAAACGAUGACCCAAAGGGUCUUUCAAAGAUACCUGUUGUGCUUCGCGGUGUUCAUCGACCAAGACUGCAGGCGAACGUGA